AUGUGGAAGGAUGCAGAUGAUUUUGGUGAGCGAAUUGCUAAGUGUUGGCAGGAAGGAGUUGAGGGCACGGAUAUGUAUCAGCUGACAGUUAAACUUAAACGCCUAAAACAAAUUCUUAAGUGCAUUAAUAAGGAAGGUUUUCAUGAGAUUCACAAAGCAGAAAUGAUAGCAAAGGAGGAGUUGGUGAUUUUGCAGGAAGAAGUGAAUAAAGAUCCCCAAAACUCUCGGUUACAGAAUGAGGAACAGGUGGCUCGGGACAAAUAUGCUAAAGUUUAUAAGGCUUAUUCUCUCUUUUUAGCUCAGAAAGCCAAAGUUUCUUGGGCUAAAAAUGGAGAUGAAAACACAGCAAUAUUCCAUGCGUCACUGAGGGCAAGGAGAACUCAUUACAGAAUUUUUUCAAUAGAGGAUGCGCAGGGGGUCUGGUGUGAUACUCCUCUUGCUGUUCAGGAAGCCUUUCUACAAUAUUAUCAUCAACUCCUUGGAUCUGAGAUGCAGAACAAACAUCGGGUGAAGAAUUGUAUAAUCAAUCUUGGGCCAAAAGUUUCUGAGGUGCAUUCCAGCAUACUUAAAACUGAGUACACAGCUCAGGAGAUCAAAGAAGCUAUUUUCUCUAUUCCUGGUUUGAAGGCUCCAGGUCCGGAUGGUUUUGGAAGUUGUUUCUAUCAAGAUAAUUGGGCAUUGGUUGGUUCAGAUGUGGUAGCUGCUGUUCUGUCCUUUUUGAGAUCAGGAAAAAUUCUUAAGGCAAUUAAUACAACUACCAUUACUCUUAUUCCUAAGAGCAGUUGUCCGAGAAGUGUGAGUGAUUUUUGGCCUAUCUCGUGUUGCAAUGUGAUAUAUAAGGCUGCAUCGAAAGUGAUUUGCACAAGAUUGAGACAAAUUUUGCCUGACUUAAUUGCUGAGAACCAGGGGGGUUUUGUGCAUGGAAGAUAUAUUGCCCAUAAUAUCAUGGUGUGUCAGGAUUUGGUGAGACUAUAUGGGCGGAGCAAUUGCAAACCUAGUUGUAUGAUAAAAAUUGACUUAAGGAAAGCGUAUGACACAAUAGAAUGGGGGUUCAUUGAAGAGAUGCUCAAGGCUUUUGAGUUUCCUCAAUCUUUUUCAAAUUUAGUAAUGGCAUGUGUAACAACUCCCAAGUUUUCAUUGCUUCUCAAUGGCUCUUUACAUGGGUUCUUUGCAUCAAAAAGAGGACUUAGACAAGGAGAUCCCAUCUCCCCCUUAUUGUUUGUGCUUGGGUUAGAAUACUUGUCCCGAAUUAUGAGCAAGGUGGGGUCAUUACCUGGUUUCAAGUACCAUAAUAAAUGUUCAAAUCUGAAGUUGAAUCAUUUAUGUUUUGCGGACGACCUUCUUAUCUUUUGCAAUGGAGAUUUUGUUUCAAUAAUGCUUAUGUUGAGGGGUUUGAAGUUGUUCUCUUCUUCUUCGGGUUUGCUUCCUAAUGCUGAGAAAACUGCUAUCUACUGUCAUGGAAUUUCUGAUGCUGUUGUAGAUAGAGUGUUGGCGGCUUCUGGUUUCACUCGAAGUUACCUGCCUUUCAGGUACCUCGGGAUACCUAUAUGUUCUAAACGAAUUUCUGCAGCAGAUUGUCAAUGCAUCGUGGAGAAGAUGACUAGUAGGAUUCGUUCAUGGAGCACUCGGAAUCUAUCUUAUAUGGGGAGAGUGACCUUGAUCAAUUCAGUCCUCAUCUCAAUGCAUUCAUAUUGGGCUCAAAUAAUGAUUCUACCAAAGAAAUUGAUAAAAGAUGUUGAAGCAAUUUGUAGGGCUUUUCUUUGGAAAGGUAUCUCAGACUCCCAUUUACCAGGAUUGAUUGCUUGGGAGUAUACUUGCGCAUCAAGGGCGGCUGGUGGAUUGGGGUUUCGGCGAUUACAUGAUUGGAAUUUAGCUGCCAUGGGAAAGUAUAUUUGGGCAAUUGCCAAAAAGAAAGAUAACCUUUUUGUCAAGUGGAUUAAUAGCGUUUAUCUGAUGGACAAGAAUUGGUGGGAUUACAAGUGUCCCUCAGAUUGUAGUUGGUACUGGAAGCGCUUAGUAGCUGUGAAGGAUUGCUUUAAAGCCAAAAUCUCUUCUAAUUCAUUCUUAUCACAGAGAUAUCAUUUACAACUUGGUGUAAAUAUGCUAGUUUCUCCUGAAGUCCGAGUCCCGUGGAGGAAAUUUGUUUGGGAUAGAUUUAUCACUCCCAAACAUCGUUUUAUCAUGUGGUUAGUCAUGUGGGAACGGCUGCACACAAAGAAUCGAAUAGCUAGAUAUAAUUCUAAUAUGGAUCUGGUUUGUUUGCUGUGUAGAGCAGAGAAUGAAGACAUAGACCAUCUCUUUUUCAAGUGUACAUACAGCAAGAGGUGUUUAGAGGCUAUCAAAGGCUGGCUUCAUUGGAAUGCACAGUCCAUCAAUCUACACAGGCUCCUGCAUUGCAUUUAUCAUGCCAAGAAGGUGUCGAGUACACAUAAAAGUAUAUUCUUCUCCUGUCUUGCUGCGACAGUGUACCAUCUUUGGAGAGUAAGAAAUGAUAUGCUUUGGAAUCAAAAGUUGUGGCAAGUGCAUCAUACAGUUAGUAGAAUUCAAAGUGAUUGUAAUUUCGAUUGCUUAGUGUAUUUCCUUGUAAAGCCUCUAGGAAAGAUAGAGAUUUUUUUACCAGGUUGCUUUGAUCUGUAUUAG